AUGCGUUACUCUUCCGCCGUGGUGCUGAGCACCGUUGUCGUUGGCCAGGCCGCUGCCGCCAACAUGCACAACCGUCACGCCAGCUUCCAUGCUCGCCGUCAAGCUGAUGCCAAGCGCAGUGCCGGCAACGACGUUGACUGGAGCAAGGUAGCAUACGACCUUGGUGAUGUCGACUGGAGCUCCGUCUUCGCCACUCCUACACCCACUCCCGCCGCCGCCCCUAAGGUCGCUUCUGUCGCCGAUGUGAAAGCUGCCGCCGAGCCCACCCCUUACGCCACCAAGGAGCAGCCUUCGACCACUGCCGCCGCUAAGCCUGCUGCCACGUCCGCUGAGUCCAACGACCUGCUCGGCGACAUUGGUGACGCCAUCAGUGACAUUGGCGACGACAUCACCGACGCUGUCAGUGAUUUCCUCGAUGGUGUCUCGGAAUGGGCCGAGAAGGUUAAGUGCAAGACCGGUCUCAACAAGAAGGCCGCCUGGGAUGGUAUCUGGAUCGGUGGCGACAGCAAGUGGAAGGCUGAGUUCAUCAACGACCGUUCCAACGAGGACAUGAUGCUCUCUUGCUGGCAAGCAAAGGGCUUCAGCGGCAUGAGCCUUAAUGUCAACUCUCCUGACAUCUUGGUCAAGGUUCCCGCUGGCAAAUCUAUUGAGCUCUCCUGGAAGGAGAAGAUUCCCUCCGCCUGUGCACCCUUCUACGCCAGCACCGCACUCGCCCAGUUCGGUGGUGUUAACAACACCUGGUGGGAGGUCACCUUCGGCCAGGACGGUGCCUUCGAUGUCUCCCGUAACAUCAACAUGAACGGUGACAGCAUCAGCUCCAAGGGCUCCAAGUGCACCUCCGACAUGAACACCUGUGUCUUCAAGUGCAAGAACGGCAUGGACACCUGCGAGAAGGGUUCCGACUACGACCUAUUCAACUGCGACGCCAGCGGUGGCGGCGGUGGUGGC